UCCCGUUCGGGGGUUGGGGAGAAGGGGGAGGCUCUUGGCAGGCAGCUGAGUGGGCAGAGGAGAGAGACCCAGACAGCUCAUCCCUUCAAUUUUACCCCCUAUUGGCUGCUGUAUCUUUUGUCAUGAGAGCUGCCUACCUCUUCCUAUUGUGCCUGCCUGCCGGGCUGCUGGCCCAGGGUCAAUAUGACAUCGACCCUGACCACAUCCAGUACACACAUUAUGGGGAUCAGAUUGAUAAUCCCGAGUACUACGAUUACCAAGAGUCCACCCAUCGCCCCCCAGAGGAACAGCUACAGUACCAGUCCCAGCAGCAGGUGCAGCAGGAGGUGAUCCCGGCCCCUACCCAUGAAAACCCAGAGACUGAGCCCACGGAGCCUGGACCACUAGACUGUAGGGAAGAGCAGUAUCCUUGUACCCGCCUGUACUCGGUCCAUAGGCCCUGCAAACAAUGCCUCAAUGAGGUCUGCUUCUAUAGCCUUCGUCGAAUGUACAUCAUCAACAAAGAGAUCUGCGUCCGGACUGUCUGUGCCCAUGAGGAGCUGCUCCGAGCCGACCUGUGCCGAGACAAGUUCUCCAAGUGCGGUGUGAUGGCGACCAGUGGCCUGUGCCAAUCUGUGGCUGCCUCCUGUGCCAGGAGCUGUGGGGGCUGCUAGUGGGAAGGGGGCACCGGGAAGGGAGCUUGGCCUAGCUUGUGGCCAGGGGACCUCCAGGUGCAUGAAUCUGGGCCAGCAGGCUUGAGGGGAGGGGGAGCUGGGUUUGAUUCUGUCGUGUGGUUAAAAAAAUAACUGGUUUCUAAUUCUCUUUCCUUUCUGUGUGUAAGCAGACUAAAGUGUAGGGACUGGGAGAAGAGCCCACAGCUACCCCAGGGUGGGUGAGGCCACAGGGGGACAAUGCCCCAUCCUGCCCAUCUUCCUGCUCCCUGCCUCAUUGGCAAAUGGAGUCCUCGAUGCCAGUGGCAUCAAGGGCUCGAAGGGGAUGACAGAGGCCAUAAAGUGGUUGGAGUGUUUGGCUUGGAGUCAGAAAGACCUGGGUUCUGAUCCUGCCUCAGAUACUUAGUAGCUGUGUAACCCUAGGCAAGUCACAACCUCUCUGUGCCUCCGUUUCCUUAUCUGUGAAAUGGGAGUUGGACUUGAUAUUCUGAGACCCCUUCCAGCUCUGAGACUAUGAGACCCUCCCCCCAAGCCUAAACUUAAAAUACCUGCUGCAAAGAACGCCAUUACCCCCUGGUAGCCUGAUCCACUUGUGGCCGGCUCUUGUGGGUAGGAAAUUUCUUCUUCCAUCAAACUAAAAUCUGCCCCUCUUCGACUUGUCAUCUCCAGCCUAGUUUUGCCCUCUGAGGCCAAGCAGAGAGAGGCUAAUUGCUCGCCCACUUGGCACCCCUCAGAUACUUGAAAAUAAUUGCCCUACCAAGCCUUGUCUCCUGGUGCAACUUCUCCCAGUUCCCUUCACCUGACCCUGGUCUGGCUCGGGUUGCCGUCCCCUUGGUAUCCUGGGUACCCUCCCUUAGCACCGCCUGCAGGAGGCAUCUCAGCUGGAGCAGAGGAGGGGCCUGGGGUACAAUGCCAGCUGCUCCCCCUGGUCAAUCCCUAUGCCUGGUGCUCACUGGCACCCCACCCGU